UUAGAAAACACCUGGACGGCAAUUACUUCAUCUCGGACGUACUUGCUAGCAUUCGCACCAAGAGGAAUGUCUUAUUGCUCUUUUCUUAUCGGAUCCCUUUUCUUCUCUCCGAAAAGCGGCUAUGUCUGUCGUUGACUGAGAGCAUAUAUUCUUCCUCGUCGCAUAUUAUUCGUUCGUUAUCGAAAACUUCACUAUGCGCGAAUCUCACCAUCUUGAGUUUCCCGAAGUAAGGGACACGGGGGACACAAGGCGAUAUAAUUUGCGUCAAUUCUUAACAUGGCGUCCUCGUUUGACGAACGGCCGCGAUACACCGAGCCCGUCAGCGGAAGCGUCCUCCUCACCGGCAGUCGAUGAGCAAACCGAAUUAACUCUCCCAAUUGACCCUCCGGACGAGGUGCAUCGUCUCCGGCAAAGGCGUCGCCGCACUGCGUGGAGCGAUUCGUCCCUAACAGCUGUAGAUGAAGAAGAACGCCCACCGUCACUUUCAUCAUACGAUAGCGGGGAUAGCUCUCAUCCUGUGCACCGUGGAACAGCUGGGAAUAUUCCAUUUGAAAUCCGGGAGACGGUCAGCCUGGAGGACGAUCCGAGCCUGUCCACCAUUACCUUCCGCUACUUCGUACUCUCUAUACUUUUCGUCAUCCCUGGAGCCAUCAUAUCGCAGAUGUCAAUGUUUCGGACGACUUCGGCGCCGUACUCAACACUUUUCGUCCAGAUCGCUUGCCACUAUGCGGGAACGUGGCUGGCUAACGUACUUCCUGCCUGGAGAGUCAGGAUUCCAUUCACGAAAUAUGGCUUUAGCCUGAACCCGGGACCUUGGAGCAUCAAAGAGCAUGUGUUGGUUACCGUUACGGCUGCUUCAGGGGCCACCAGCAGCAUGAUGGGCAUUCCAAUCGCCCUCGCAAGCUUACUCUAUGGCGAGACGAUUCAUCCGGCCAUAGCAAUUGCGUUCAUGUUCGCGAACGUCUUCCUUGGCUACUCACUGGCUGCCCUGGCGCGGAACUUUGUGCUCUACGAUCCGAAAUAUCCCUGGCAGAGCGCAAGGAUGCAGGUACAGCUAUUUGAAGCCUUCCGUCACGACACCGAGGACAAGCAACUCAGCAGCAAAAAGAGACGAGUGUUUUUUAUUUGCCUCGCUGGAAUGCUGUCGUGGCAGGUCUUCCCUGAGUAUGCGGCCCCGAUGCUCAGCUCGUUGGCAUUCUUCUGUUGGGUUUUCCCUCGCCAACCCGAUGUGCAAUUCAUGGCUUCAGGAUUGGGUGGUGCAGGCUAUGGAAACAUCUCUUUGAAUUGGGCCAACGUCGCGAGCCACUGGUGCAAUCCAAUGAUUGUACCAUUUACCACAACUAUGCUCAUUGUGGCCGGCUAUGCCCUUCAAUGUUGGGUAUUUCUACCCUUGAUGCGAGGAGGAGCUAUUGGGAAUGGGAACGCCCCUUUGAUGUCGAAUGGAGUUUUCCUUGCCAACGGGACUCGAUACCCAGCGAAGGAACUCAUCGGAUCGAAUGGCACUUUCAAUUCAACUGCCUAUAAAGAAUACGGCCCGGUGUAUAUGGGAGCUCAUUUUGUCUCCACCAUAUUCUUCGAUUAUGCCGCCUAUGUCUCUGGCAUUGUCUGGAUGGUAUUCUUCGGCUUCAAGGACAUCAGGCGGAGUUUCAUUUCAUUUCAUCAGCCAUACACCGACAGACUGAAUCUCCUGAUGCGGUCCUACAAAGAAGUCCCCUGGUGGUGGUAUAUUCUCCUUUUCCUCGGUUCCGUUUCCACCAUUCUCAGUAUCCUAGGGAGCGACCAGUUCUUCGCCCCCUGGUGGGCAUUUUUAGUGGCUCUGUUCUCGGCGGUCGUCGUGAUAGUUCCGUUCUCAUGGCUGUAUGCCCUCACCUCGUACCAAAUCAGUACCGGAACGUUCAACGAGCUCGUCUAUGGCUGCCUGAUCAAUCAUGGGGACGGAAACCACGCACAAAAGCAUCGACAUCCUGUGGGGGCGUCUGUUUAUGGAGCACUUGCCGGAACCUCGUGGUAUCGCGCUCAAUUCAUGCUGCAGGACCUGAAGAUUGGCCAUUUCAUGCACAUUCCACCUCGUGCAACCUUCUUCAGCCAGAUCUUCGGGGAGUUGCUCGGGAUCCCGAUCAACUACGCAGUCAUCCUUUGGAUGCUCAGGACCAAGGGAGAGUACCUUUCUGGCGUCAAAGUGGACCCAUUGCGGCAGUGGAGUGCACAAAAGAUCAACUCUUACAAUAGCCUGGCGGUCCAGUACGUGCUCAUUGGGCCUCGGCGCAUGUUCGAAGAGAAGAUCUACAAAUAUCUUCCAUAUGGGUUCCUGCUUGGUGCGAUACUUCCAAUUGCCGUUUUUCUUCUUCACAAAACGUUCAAAAAGGCUCGGUUCGAGUUGUUUAACACCACGAUCCUACUCUCUUCUAUGGGCUGGUUUUGCGGGAACGUAUCGACCGGAUACUUAUCACGCCUGGCGGUUGGAUUCUACUCGAUGUUCUGGACGAAGCGACGUUGCCCCGUCAAGUGGGAACGUUACAACAACCUUGUUGCCGCGGCGUUCGAUGCGGGCUUCAGUAUCAACCAACUUCUACUCUUCCUGUUCUUCAGUGCUGGGAAGAAGAUUGCCAUGCCGAAUUGGUUCAUGAAUAACAAGGACUCGGUGGAGAGAUGUUUCGCGUUGGACGACACAAAGGGCACUCAGAAGCAGGCUUGA